UUUUUUUUAAUAAGCACAUCUUUGAUCCCAUGCUUAGUAUAAUUUCCUUGCCUAAGUAUGCAAACUCGGGAAUAAAAAUCUGAGGUACUAUAAAACAUUAAAUCAAAACACAGAAACUGAGAGUGAACAGUUGUAGUUGAUGUUUCUUACUCUAUGGAGUUCCUGAACACUUAAUGUAGGUGGAAUGCAUCUGAGACCAUGGGCUGGUUUUUAGUGCUCGUAAGGAACCAGCCUUGAAGAAUUGACUUAGUGAUCAUCUUCGUCAGUAUUCUAAACCUCCUAAGAUAUUUAGGCUUCUGUACAUAAGAGUGUUUUGGUAAAUUUGUGGUAUAUGUAGAUCUUUCCUCCACGUUGUUUUACCAAGAAUGUUUUGACUCUGCAUCUGUGCUACAGUUCAUGGUAGGGGUGGUACAACUCAAACAUUAGUUUUUCUGCUUAACCUCCUCUAACAAUAUGGUUUGUCUAAAGAUUCUUGCUGACCCCAAUUCACGUGUUCGCAGGUGACAUUUUUUUUUUCUGGCCUAGGUAGUAACAGUCCAAUCUAGUGCUGUUGUACCCUAGAAAAUCUCAAACCAUAAUGAUUAAAAUAUUUGGGGUAAACUUGUAGUUCAUAUGCAACACUACUUGGAGGAAUUAUUUUACUAACUUGUCUUUAAUGUAGAAAUUACUUUCAUUGAUUUGAUUAUAUUUCAAAUGAGGAAUGGAAGUGGUCCUCUAGAAAAAAAACCGUUUUUGUUGUUAUACUGUUUGAGUCCUAUAAUACAAUGCUAUAAAGUAUGCCCUGAAAGAAAAUAAAGUCUUUGAAAUCCAAGAAUAAUGAUUCUUACUGCUAAGAGACUGUAAUAGUUAUUACUAAUGAGUUUGAUAGGCAUGCAUUUUUCAUGCAGUGUUUAUUCCACUUCCAAUGAGAGUAUAUAAAUAAGUUGUAUUACUAAGGUGGCUAAAUAACCAAACCAGGUGUUUGUGUAAAAAAAGACUUGCCAAGAUUUAAUUGUUUGACUGUUGAAUCUUUCUUGAAAAUCCAGCCUUUCAGAGACCACCUCUUAAGGAGCCUGUAAACUGUGCAUGAUGAAAAUUCUUGUAUUUUAUUAAGGAGUGGCCAUUGGUUUACUCACCACAUCUGUGGAAUCAUGCCUAUAAGUAUAGUUGCUUACAGAACUCCUGGUGACUUGUAGUUUAACUUAAUCUCAUCUAUCUUGUGUAAAUAUUUAAUUAUAGGACAUUGCGUAACAUCUUGAAUAGAUACAAACUGCUGUCAGUAUUGACUUCAGAGCAAGUGAGUAAUCUCAUAGGUAAAAGCAUGUUUCAAAUAAAAUACUAGCUGGAUUUAUACUUGAUUUGUAUUGUGUACACAUUUAACAACAUCCAGUAUUAACUGUGGCUUGACAGUGAAAUGAAAGCUUUGUUCGGUUCACAACCUGAUAAUGGCAGAUCAAAAAGUGGGGACAAAACCUGAGUAAAGUCUCAUUGCUUAUUUGAUCCACUGGACUGCCAGGUCCACCAGUCUGGCUUCCUGGAGCCCGUCGCUGCGGUGAGGGAGGACCUAGCGCCUGCCACCCGUGCACCUCUGUGCUUGGAGGGAGGCAUCUGCACACGUGGCACUGGCCCCAGCGGAGCCUGCCCGAGGCCCUAAUAGGACCUGUUUCCAGAGCUGCAGCUCUACGCAUGGAUGGAUUUUUAAAAUCUGAUGAGAGACAACGACUAGCUAAAGAAAGACGAGAAGAAAGAGAAAAAUGUCUUGCUGCCCGGGAGCAGCAGAUCCUGGAAAAACAGAAGAGAGCCAAGCUCCAGUACGAAAAGCAAAUCGAGGAGCGAUGGCGGAAGCUGGAAGCGCAGCGGCAGCGAGGGGAGCAGAAGAGGGCUGCCGUGGAGGAGAAGAGGAGGCAGAAGCUCCGGGAGGAGGAGGAGCGGCUGGAGGCGAUGAUGCGCAGGUCCCUGGAGCGCACACAGCAGCUGGAGCUGAAGAAGAAGUGCUCGUGGGGAACGUCACUGGCUGCGGGGCCCGGAGGACGCGAGGGUGAAUCAGGAAAUACCCCACCCCCUCCUCUAGGUUUAGCAGCCAGCACCCUCCCUCCGGACCCAGGGACCACUGCCGCCGCUGCUGAGUCCACCAACGCAUGUGACAAACUUUCAACAUCAACCAUGAAUUUGCCAAAGCAGACGGAGCCUCCCAUGAGUAAGCGCCUGUCUUCAUCCACCGCGACAAUGUCCUAUUCCCCAGACCGAGCUCAUCGCACGCACCUUAGUCCCAUGGAAACCUUUCUUGUUACGCGACUGCUGACACCCACACAGGCUUCUUUAGCCAGAAGCAGAAGUGCACUCAUGCUCUCUGAGCAGGCCAGUCACUCAGUAUCCCAUGCCUGUCCUCGUGUAGCUCCUGCUGGCCCCCUUAAAUCUUCCUACAAGUCUUCUCCCACUCGAAAUGCCGAGAAGAAGAGGACGACAUCGACAUCUGGCGUAGGAGAUGCUGGGAAAGGAGCCCCUGCAGGAGCGGAGGCCUCUCCGACGGAGAAGAUGAAGAGGGGGCCGAGAACAACAGCUUCCGUUCCCAACGUGGGCCUCAUGUCCCCUCUGAGAAGAUGCGAUUUUCCAGCAGGCGUUUCUAAGAGGUCGUCUUCUCCUGUGACACCCAAGGCAACUUCAAAAGCAUAUCCACAGUCUCCAAAGAACGUGAAGCCGCCAUACCCAGGGUCUCCGGUGAAGUACCGCCUCCCCGCCUUUUCUGGCCAGGAAACACCCAAGAAGAAAGCAGAGAAAGAGAAGAGCAACAAGGAAAGGGAGGGCGCCCUGGCUCAGCAGGCAGCCGGCCCACCUGGGGAGGAGGCCCCGGAGAAGCACGUGGCAGACAGGCACGCCACUGAGAAGCAUGAGGCCGCGGCAGGGAAGGCCGAGGGUGGUGGAGCCUCGUGGAAGCCCACAGCGGGCACCACUGAUGCAGGAGAGGCUGCAAAGAUGCUGGCCGAAAAGAGACGACAGGCCCGGCUGCAGAAGGAACAGGAGGAGCAAGAACGUCUGGAGAAGGAAGAACAAGACAGGCUGGAGAGGGAGGAAUUGCAAAGGAAGGCAGAGGGGGAAAGACUGCGCCUAGAAGCAGCAGCCCGUAAGCAGGAAGAGGAAAAGGAGCGGCAGGAGGAAGAAGAGAAAAGGAAGGCAGCAGAGGAGGCCAAGCGGAGGGCCAAGGAGGAGCUGCUGUUGAAAGGAGAGCAAGAAAAGGAAAAACAAGAAAAAGAAAAGCAGGAAAAGGCCAUGAUUGAAAAGCAGAAGGAAGCAGCAGAAGCAAAGGCCCAGGAGGCAGCUAAACAGAUGCGUCUUGAAAGAGAGCAGAUCAUGCUACAGAUUGAACAGGAGCGACUGGAGAGGAAGAAGAGAAUAGAUGAAAUUAUGAAGAGAACAAGGAAGAGUGAUGUGUCUCUGGAAGUGAAGAAAGAAGACCCGAAAGUGGAGCUUCAGCCUGCUGUGUGUGUGGAAAACAAGACAAAACCAGUUGUCCCCAACAAAAUAGAAAUCAAUGGUUUGAACACCUGCCAGGAAGUUAAUGGUGUGGAACGUGCUGCCCCAGAGACUUUCCCCCAAGAUGUUUUUGCUAACGGACUUAAACCAGUCGGGGGACUUGUUCAUCUGGAUGCCCUUGAUGGGAAAUCAAACAGUCUGGAUGAUUCAACCGAAGAAGUUCAGUCUAUGGAUGUGAGUCCUGUUUCAAAAGAAGAGCUUAUCUCUAUCCCAGAAUUUUCACCAGUGAGUGAAAUGAUUCCUGGGGUAUCUCUGGACCAAAAUGGAACUGGUAAUGCCCGAGCACUUCAAGAUCUCUUAGAUUUCACUGGCCCCCCCAUUUUCCCCAAGAGAUCCAGUGAAAAUCUCAGCCUGGAUGACUGUAACAAAAACCUGAUCGAAGGAUUUAACAGUCCUGGCCAAGAAAAUACUCUGAACACCUUCUGUUGACAAAUACAACAUCUCUUUAAUGAAAGGUGGCGUUUGGAGAACCCAUGAAGCUGCUGGUAGUCAAAUCUGAGCUGCCGGCCCUCUGAAGAAGCUUCUGUCGUCCUUAACCGCUGGAUUCCAAACUAUUAAAUCAAAAUGUAACUGUAUUCCUACUUAGUAUGUCAAACGCUGGCCACUCUCAGUAGAACCUUGACAUUGGCCUUGUCGGGCUUUAGCAGAGUUCCAUGUUACAUUUCUAUUUAUGAGCUUCAGCUGCUGAUAAAGCACUUCCUGUACUCUAUUAUCAUAGUGAUCCUCUGAAUAACCCGUGUGAUUUCGGCUUGGAAAGUCACCUUAUAACCAUUCUUAUCCCCAGACUUGGAGCAUAUAAACAUUUAGAUGUCUUUCCUUGUAAAUACUCUAGACAUUUACCCAGACUCUACUUAAACAUAUACUGAAAAUUUGGGCUGCAUAUCUCCCUGUCUGUGUUUAGAAGGAGAAGAAAUUCUGGAACAUCUCCCCCAUCUCUGGGGUUUCUUUGUUGGAAGUUACUAUCAAGAAGCCGUGUUUCAUUAUUAAACUUAGUCACCUGCAAAAUGUGUUGCCCCCCAUUGCUCCGUGGGCGGCUAGCGGAGUGAAUCUGGCUGAGUAAGGGAGCCAUUGGACAGCGUGGAAGGCCGUCUGCUCUCUUAGGCAUAUUCCUCCAGACGUGGGCACCUGAAUCUCCAAGGCCCUUUUCAUGUUGUACCUGAAACCCUCCAAGCUGUAGUCACUCCAGACCGUCACGUGGCUUCUGGACUGAAUGAAUUGUGCACCUCCUGCCCAGGUGGUUGCUUUUCCUGUUGUUGCUGUUGUUUUGCUCUUGGCUCUUGGGGCCUUUGUUUGUUUGUUUACUCAACUCUGAUAAAACCAGGUACAAAUGAAAAGCAUAGUGCUCUGAGACAGGGGCCCCUGAACAGGACCCAAUGUGUCACUUAAACAGGCUUGGACAUAAAAACAUCUGGACGGGGGACAAAUGACAGUAGAAUGUAUACUUUACACGUUUUAUGCCAUAUAAGAAUGUGUUUUCUUCAUUUCUUGUGGUGAAGUGUGACUUUCAGAUUAAAAUGACCUUUUCUUCUUUGAAACCUUUUUUUUUUAAUUGUCUUGUACCAUAAAGAGUUUGGAAAGAUCCAUAAUUCUGACUGAGGUUUGCAACCAGGAGAUACAAAAAAGUCUCCGUAGUAAUCUUGUUCAUGUGCUCUUAAAACCAGCUACAGCGUAAGACUGUAUUAGGUAUGGAAACUGUGUACGUUUGUGUAUGUGUAUAUACUAAAUAAAAUACAUGCCUCCAAUAAUACGGUGCCAUGGAUCUUGAUGAAUAUCGGGGGAAAAUCUCUUUUAUGACGAGCACAUAGAAAAUGAUAGCAUGGUCUGACUUGUAAAAAAACGCCUUGCCAUCUUUCUUAUAGCCCUGUUUUGCUAAACGUCUGUUUUCUUGCAAUCUGGUGUACCUCACAGCACCAUUGUGAUCCUGGUGAUGCCUCAUUUGCAUGAUGUGUACCUUGUGUUACCGUGAAAUACAUUUUCAUUGAAGAGUCUGA